UGCAAAUCGACAUAGGGCCCGGCAUAACGCGUUACGGACGAGGACUAGCCUCAAGCAUUAAUCCCAGCAGCUGCUUGGAGAAAAUCAGGAGCUUCUUCCGCCAAAAGCUUCCACCCCCCUCACCGUAAUAACCUCCCAAUUAGCGUGGAGCUUACAAGCAACGAGCUUCCCUUUGUCGAAAGUAUCCAUCUGUCUCAUUAUCACUGAUUAGGAAGCCCUGCGCAGCCCGUCACAAUGAGCGACUCCAGCUUGACUGAGACCGAGACUCAGACGAGCCGGACGGCGGCCAGCCGGUCCACGCCGUCCGUCAGCGGCAGCGCUGAUACUUGCACCAGCCCAAGUGGCGGUAGCAGUGCAAGUGGCGGUAACUUGAUGAUGGACGACCUCUGGGUCGCGCUGCCAAAGCCCAGCCAGAACCACGCGCCGGAGUCGCUGCCGGACCGCAUCCGCAGGAUCAGAGUCGACCUGGAGGAGCUCGAGGUCUUUUACAGCAUCUCCGUGUCGCCGGGCCGCCACGAGCGCCUGCGCCGGUACUUCUCAGACGAGCUCAAGGCCCUGUUCAGCCUCGACUUCGAGGCCAUGAGCCAGUCCGACAAGGUCGACUUCCUGCUGCUGCGCAACUUCCUGCGCCGCAAGUCCCACUGGCUGUAUGCCCAGAAGGAGUCCAACAAGGAGAUCCAGCGGCUGAUUCCCUUUGCCCAGCUCAUCACGGCGCUGUGCGAGGCUCGCCGAGAUGUCGACCCCCUGAACAAUGAGCGCGUUGCACAGCAGCUCGACGACAUUGCCAAGCUGGUCGGCCAAGUCAAGGAGGGCAUUGAGCAUGACCGCAUCAAGAUUUCCAAGACGGCUGCCUACAAGGCUUCCAAGACCGUCACCGAGCUGCGCGGCCAUCUCCAGGAAUUCUUCAACUUCUACUCGUCGUAUGACCCCAUGUUCGACUGGUGGGCCUCGGCGCCUUGGAAGGCGGCCGACCUUGCACUGUCGCAGUUCAUUCCGCUCAUUCAAACCAAGUUGGCGGGCAUGCAUGAAGGAGAGACGGGAGACAUUAUUGGCGAGCCAAUUGGCAGGGAGGCCCUGAUUAACGAGCUCGAGGCGGAGAUGAUUGUCUACUCCCCUGAGGAGCUCAUCAACCUCGCCAAGGAGCAGUUCCAGUUCUGCGAGGCCCAGAUGAAGACUGCAUCCGUCGAGCUUGGCUACGGCGAUGAUUGGAAGAAGGCGCUGGAUUCUGUCAAGAAGCACUUUGUCCCUCCCGGCGAGCAAGCAGGCUUUGUGAAGACGCUGGUUCGUGAGGGCUCUUCCUUUGUCAAGGAGCACGAUCUGGUCACCGUCCCACCAUUGGCGGAAGAGGUAUCCCGCAUGACCAUGAUGAGCCCCGAGAUGCAAAAGGUCGCGCCCUUCUUCUUGGGCGGACCGCUGAUCAUGGUCUCUUACCCCACCGCCGAGAUGUCACACGAGCUGAAGAAGAUGGUUAUGCGUGGCAACAACAGACACUUUGCCCGCGCAACGGCAUUCCACGAGAUGAUUCCCGGACACCGUCUUCAGCUCUUCAUGUCCGAACGAUACAACAGCCACAGACAGCUAUUCACAACACCGUUUAGCAUCGAAGGCUGGGCCAUGUAUUGGGAGUACGUGUUCUGGGAGCGAGGUGACUUCUUUGAAUCGCCAGAAGACCGCAUUGGAACUCUGUUUUGGAGAAUGCACCGCUGCGCUCGCAUCAUCUUCUCCAUCAAGUUCCAUCUGGGUCAGAUGACGCCACAGGAAUGCAUCGACAUGCUGGUCGACUGGGUUGGCCACGAAAGAUCCACGGCUGAAGGAGAAGUCAGAAGGUCGUUCAACGGCGAUUACGGCCCUCUUUACCAGGCCGGCUACAUGGUGGGUGCGGUGCAGCUUUUCGAGCUGCGAAGAGAGAUUCUGAAGAACGGCCACAUGACUGAGAAGGAGUUCAACGAUUCGUUCCUUAGGGCCAACUUUAUGCCGAUUGAGCUCUUCAGAGCCCUGGUUCUAGAUUUGGAGCUGCAUCCCGACUAUACACCCAAUUGGAAAUUUUACGAAUGAAAUGAUGAAAGCGAAGCCCUUGAAUCACGAAGUUAAGCCUUGAACGAUCAGAAACGGAAAGCGAACAAAAAGCAAAAUUGAAAUUGAACUUUUUUUUUUUUAUCUCGGUUUGGAUUUGGAUUGAGUUUGGACCCUCUUUGUUUUUGUUUUUAUUUUACAAGAGAGUGUAUUAUAUCGCGUCUGCAUGCAUCUGCUCUUGAUCUCGUUUAGCAAGUUUUCGUGUAUCGCGCACAGCCACAGCAAACUGCAUAGCGAAGCGAUAAUUACAUGUAGUUAAACAACGGUUUUCUUUUUUCUUUUUUUGUUUGGUCUCUAAUGGUUUAUGAUGAGAAAGUUUUACAAAUCAGCUGUAUACUCAAAUAUAUUGAUUCCAAAGCAUGUG